GCCCAUUCUGAAGCUGGUCUGUCUCUCUUCUUUCACUUCUCAAAUCUGGUUCUUCUUCCGCUUCUGAAAUUCAUUCGGCUGCUCCUGAUUGUCGCUAGCAAUCUAAUCUUCCUCUCUCCCGCUCUAUCCUUCACCUUUCACGAUCUCUGAUCCGGACAGCCACUUUGUACCCUGUGUUAUUGCCCCUGCCCCCGCUCCCGCGGAAGUGGCAGCGGUCAGAAUUUUUAGACUAGGGUUUUGCAGAUUUCUGUCCUCCUCUCAGCUGGGAGAGCGAAGGACUGAGCUUUUCACCAUUCGAAACCAACUGUAACCUCGGCCGGUGUUGCGGCAUUGAAGAACAGAGAGACGGUGUACGGUUGUCGCGUUGCCCAGGAGUAGGAUGCUUCAGAUUCGGCUGAAGCGGGACCCGUCCUCGGACGCUGGUGGGGGCGGAAAACCUUUACCUACGGAAACAGUGACCGUUGCUUGCCCCGACCACCUCGUGCUCGCUGACCUCCCGGUAGCCAAGGGUCUCGGGGCGGCCACCUGUGCCUCUGUUGUCAAGGUCGUGGGCCGCAAAUCCCGUAGGCAGCUCGGCGAGCGCGUCCACUUUUGCGUCCGAUGCGAUUUCCCCAUUGCUAUCUAUGGAAGGCUGGGAAAGAUUGAACUUGUGGAAUCUUUAAGCUUUUUGGAGGCCUUUAUUGGCGAGGCACCUCUUAGGAAUUGGGUGCCAAAAAGUGAAGAAAUCAUCGCGCGGUCCUGCACUAGCCCCUGUGAGCACGCCUUCUGCCUAGAUUGUGCUAGGAGCGAUUCAAUCUGUUACCUAUGUGAUGAGCGCAUACAGAAGAUUCAGACUAUCAAAAUGAUGGAGGGCAUCUUCAUUUGUGCUGCUCCACACUGUCUCAAGUCUUUCAUGAAGAAGAGCGAAUUCGAAAUUCAUAUUCAUGAGAGUCAUACUGAUCUUCUCAACCCUAAUGCUGAAAAAGAAGAGGCUCAUGAAUCUGAAGCAUGGAUCCUCAGACAGCCUUCUGCUUCAGAAUCCACUGCCAGAGCUCCUCCACGGCCUGGCUUCUCUCCCGGGCCUUUGCAGCUUCCUGAUCGUGAAGACAAGGCCCGUAACAUACAAUCUCGGGAGCAGCAAACUCCAAGACCUCCUUUACAACAGAAGCCACCAGCUUAUACUGGACAAGCAAAUAAUCCCUCGGAAUCCCAGACUGAUGGUCAGCAUCCUCCUGGGUUUGACCAGCCCAAUCUUCACAGCCUACCGCAAGAACCUGGCCAGUACCCACCUUUGAAUCCCAUCCCGCAACCCAACUUCAUGAUGCCCUUACCUUCAACUCCUAUGCUAAAUCACCCGCCUCCAUUUGGGUUCCCCCCUUUUCAACCCGAGGGUGCACCUCAGGCCUUCUUUAAUGGUCCCUAUGAGGUGGCGCGGCAGGAUUCAAAUUCCGAAGCAGGACCUGAACAGGGAUCAUUACUGGGUUUCCCACCGGGUGCUAUGAACUUCCCACCAGGCUAUGCUCCAACCUGGAAUGCAGGAAUUGCCGGGUCACAUUUUGAGACUCAGGGGUCGGUUCAAGGAGCAGGAGAUGGUUAUCAAAACCAGGGCGACUAUAUGCGGAAUCAUCCUGGGGCAUUACCACUAAAUCCUCUGCCAGUGCCGCCCAAUAUGCCAGGUGGGGGUUCUGCCGAUGUAAGGGAUGGCAGGGGAGUAUUGGCACCACAGCCUCCAUCAUUUCCGCCUCCACCACCAUCUCAAUCACAGCCUCAUUUGCCACAGAACAAGCGAGGGAAGUUCUAUAGUGGUGAUGGGCAGGGAUUUGGGUGGCAACACGAGAAUCGUGAUAGUUUUGGGAGCAAUCAGGACUAGAAAAAGCAGACUCUAGUAUAACGCUCGCCUUCUUUGUCUUGAACUUUGGUUUACUUUUAUAUCGGCCCUUUACUGGUUGCGGUCAUUGGUUUUGUAACAUUUUGGGCUGCAAUUAUUCUCCUAAUUUUGCGAUGUAUGUCAGGGUUAGACUGGAAUGCGACGUUUACACCAGUGCUGCAUAAUUGUGAUAGCUUCAUUUUCUGAAGUUGGAUAUUGAAAGGUUCUGAAAGCAUAAUCAAUUUUCAAAUUGACAAUUUGUGA